GUUGGAGAGUAUGUUUCGUUGUUUGUGGACAACUCCACCGGCUCGUCUAUCAGCAUCCUAAAGGACUCACAGUUCUCUGGGAUCCUACUGGGGGUCUGACAUGAUGAACCAGGACCACGGAUUAAAACUCAGACUGGAUCAUAAAAAAUGAGAAACAGUCCUUGAGCCACACAUUUUGAUCUAAGACCUGUAGAUCAGACUGGACCCCACCUGUUCUGAAUCACAGAGACCUGGAUACAGGAAGUGGACUAGGUUUACCUGCACAGACCAGUUCCUCCAGAUUUUAUGUCUGUGAUCAACAACUUGUUCUUAAACCAUUAAAUAUUUCAGUUUUC